AUGCCGUCGCCGUCGUCUCCCACCAAACCCCUGGCCUCCCCACCGCCCCUAGACCCCUCCGACCCGCUCCGCGAGGCCGAGGACCGGCUCCGCGAUGCCAUCGAGGAGCUCCAGCGCCGCCAGCGCUCCGCCGCCGCCCUCCACCAGCACCACCCGCCCUGCGACCACGCCGCCGACGAGUCAUGCGUCGCUCACGCCAUCGGUAACCUCUGCCAGAGCUUUCUGCUCUCCUAUGGCGUCCGCGUCGGGAUUGGGAUUCUCCUCCGCGCGUUUAAGCUCGCUCGCAGACAGUCCUACUCUUCCUUGCUCGAUCUCAAGCAACUUGUUUCGGAGAAGGAUCUGAUAGUGAGAGAAGAAGCGUGCCGAAUCGGCUUAUUUUUCGGUGGAUUUAGUGGUUCUUACCAUGCUCUUAGAUGCUUGUUGAGAAAGUACAGAAAGAAAGAGACGCCAUUGAAUGCAAUCUUAGCAGGUUCAAUUGCCGGUUUGUCUAUUUUAGCAUUAGAUGACUCAAACCGAAGGCGAACACUGUCUCUGUACUUACUAGCAAGAGUAGCACAGUCUGCUUAUAAUUCUGCGAAGUCUAAGAAUAAGUUUCACUUUUGGGGAAGCCACUGGAGACAUGGGGAUUCCCUGCUUUUUUCUUUGGCAUGUGCACAGGUUAUGUACGCCUUUGUAAUGCGACCUGAGAGCUUGCCUAAAUCUUAUCAUGAAUUCAUCCAGAAGACUGGUCCUGUAGCUGCGCCUGUAUACAAGGCCGUAAGGGAGUGUUGUAGAGGAUAUCCAGUGGAUAUUGCCUCACUAGCUGAUUACUUGGCUGAAAAAGGGAGAAGUGAUAUAAAAUUGGAAGAGUUUCCAUCUAUUUUUCCUUGUUCUGUUAUUCAUCCCCACACAAAUUCUUGUUUAGUUCAGAAUGCAACUGCAACAUCAGCUACAUUUAGGAAAACAUUUCCGCUUUACUUCUCUUUGACGUUUGUACCAUUUGUCGUUCUCCGCCUACAGAAGUUCCUGGCGGCCCCUGCUCGCACCUUUAUGUUUGCUGUUAAAGAUUCUGUUCGCUCAACAUCAUUUUUGUCUGCCUUCGUCGGAAUCUUUCAGGGUGUGAUAUGUUUGCACAGAAAAGUUGCAUCAAAAGACAACAAGCUUGUAUAUUGGACUGCUGGUGGUCUAGCUGCUCUUUCAGUUUUACUGGAGAAAAAAGCUAGGCGUGGUGAACUUGCUCUAUAUGUUCUUCCACGGGCAGGAGAUUCUUUGUGGUAUAUUUUAGUAAACCGUCACCUGCUUCCAGAUAUUAAGAAUGCUGAGGUGUUCUUGUUCUGUUUGUGUAUGGGUGGAAUUAUGUACUACUUGGAACAUGAGCCAGACACUAUGGCUCCAUUCCUGAGGGGUCUGAUUCGCCGCUUUCUUGCUAGCAGAAUUAGUAAUCCAGUCAAUUCGUCUAGUAGGAAUGCUUCGUACUCAUAUUUGCAAACUCUUGAUGCCAUGAAGAAGCCAAAGCUAUUAGAGGGUGAUGGUUCUGAAGGACCAUCUGAGAAGAAGUACAAUCUUGAAUCAAUACCAGGGCUGUGAGGGGUCGAGCUUUAGACUCCCCCCAACUCCCAAAUUUUCAAACAUUUUCUCAGAGUUUGAAUAAACAUUAUGUAUCGGAAAUCAGUGACGGUUUAGGUUUAUUAUUUUUUACCGAAAAAGGUUCAAUAUUUUGCAUCCUUUUUCUAUAUGAUUUGUUGUAUGAAUAUCGAACCACUGCAAUUUCACUUGAUUUGAAAGAAAAGAAUUAUGAAUGGAAUGAUUGUUUCUUAGUUUCCAAGUUCC